AUGUCAGUUCGACGACGGACUCAUUCAGAUGAAAUCACAUACCUUGUGGAAAAAACAAGAAGACCCUCAAAAUUAAAUGGUUGGUGAUCGGGAGAGUCAAAGUCAAAUUCCAAUAGAUUCAUUUCAGUAGUCCGGGAGCAUCCAACACCUCCUGCUCAGGGCUAUUCCCUCAAAACUGUUAUCAUAGUUUCGAUUGUGGUUUCCGUUCUCUGCCAGAACAUCCUGCCAACAGUUUUCUCCUAUUUACACGAAACCAUCAAACGUAUGUGCAUUAUGACUCUACCGAUUAAAGUGAAAUGAAUUUUAGAUGCUCCGAAAGCAGCUUCCAGAAGGUCGAUUACGGAUCGUCUGAACAUUGGAUUCAUCAGCAAUCUCAAUCUCCGAUUGGAUGACGCUCCCAAGUAUCCUCCGGCAGUUCAAAAGCCGACUUUCCUGGUUGAUCCCAUUUACGAUGAAAAGUGGAAAGGAGUCCAUACCGCAAUUCCGGUGAUGACAGCAGAGACGGAAGAAAAAAGAGAGAACGAUCCGGCGAAAGUGAAGGAAGCGUUGUUGGCAGCGAAGGCGGCGAGCAGGUCUCGGAAGGAGGGACACCUUGAGAGGGCGAUGACGAUCAUGCAGCAUGCGAUCGCUCUCGCUCCCAAUAAUCCGCAGAUACUUAUUGAGAUGGGACUGCUCCGGGAGAUGCACGAUGAGCUGAUCGAGGCCGAUCAGUGCUAUGUGAAGGCACUCGCAUUCGAUCCGGGCAACUCGGAAGCUUCAGUGUGAGCUGUCUUCUCAAUGUCCUCCUUCAUAUGUUUCUGUUUUCAGACUGCGUGCCAGAACGAUGCCACUCGUCAGCGCCAUCGACAGAUCAAUGCUCCGGGCGGUGCACCUGCUCAGGAACGAAUUCACUCGAUUGCAGCACUUAACAGCACUUCGAAGAAUGAUGAGGUACUCCUUUUAGAAAUAAUGUUACCUGCAACGUUGAUUUUCAGAGAAACCUAUUUCCUCUAUGUGUAUCACACCGUUGCAAUUGAAGGAAACACCCUAUCCCUAGGACAGACACGGGCGAUUCUCGAGUCAGGAAUGGUGAUCCCUGGAAAGAGUAUUCGGGAGCACAAUGAAGUGAUCGGAAUGGAUGCGGCCCUUCGCUUUCUCAACUGCUCCCUCCUUUCAAAGGAGCACGACGAGAUAUCGAUUGACGACAUUCUGGAAAUGCAUCGGAGAGUGCUCGGAAAUGCGGAUCCGGUGGAAGCCGGACGGAUAAGGACCACGCAGGUGUACGUGGGCCGAUUCACUCCGAUUGGUCCGGAAUACGUGAUGGAACAGUUGGCAGAUCUGGUGGACUGGCUGAACGACGACAGUACGAAGGCGAUGGAUCCGAUCGAAAGAGCAGCGGUAGCCCAUUACAAAUUGGUGCUGGUGCAUCCAUUCACAGACGGAAACGGACGUACCGCCCGGCUCCUGUUGAAUUUGAUAAUGAUGCGCAGUGGGUUCCCACCUGUGAUCCUUCCGGUGGAGACAAGGGCCGAGUACUACGCAUCCCUGCACGUCGCCAAUCUGGGAGACCUCCGACCAUUCGUUCGUUAUGUGGCAAAGCAUUCGGAAGCGUCGAUACAAGUAUGAUAAGCAGAUUAUGAACUGUUUCAAUCUUUGUAGUCAUGUUACAGAGAUACAUUGGAGCGAUGAAGACGUCUUCGGAGGCCGGAAUCGACAGAGAUGAACUGAAGUUGACGCCCGAAGAAUCAGAGAUCAGCGAGAAGAUCGAGGCGGAGUGUCGAGCGUGA